AUGGAUUACGGCUAUUUUAACGAUCAACACGCUCUAUCCCUCCACCGCCUCGACGACUGGGGUGUCAUUGAGACCCUCAAGAAGAUGCCCGAAGGUUAUAACCCCUUCGACAAGCACUACGAGGAGACGGAGCUCGAGGGCAACCGUUUCCAACUUGUCGAAGGCGCUGAGCUAGUGAAGCAGAUACCCCCUCAGUUCGGUGUCUUGUGUCACCCAAACACCAAGAAUGGCAAGUACUACUGCCGCUGGGACAAGGGCUAUGAUUACGACAUGGCCCGCUCGGAAGACAAUGGCGCCUAUGAAGCCGCCAAGUACAACCAGCGCUUGAAUCCUCGCAUCGACCGUGUAGGGAACUAUAGUUCUGCGGCGGUGGACAUUCCUCGUACAGAGGAUGACAUGAAAGCUGGAAGCCUCGCCUUAUUCCCACAUGUCGGUGGCCUUGUCACUUCGGGAAUGUAUAGAGCCAGCGGCGUCCCGUUCGCUCAGCAGGAGGCUAAACAGGAAAGCCGCUUCUUCCAAUCGAUUUGGAACAAGGCUGAUAUCAGGGAGCUCAUCAUGGAGAAACUCUUCGGUCAUGCCGAGGUGUUGUCUAACUUGACGCGGACUUGCCAAGUUAUUCGACGUGACGUUGACAAUAUGAUGGGCUUCUUCGACACGAACGGAAUGAACUUCAAUCUCUGCGACAAGUUCCCUGAAGAACUCGACUCAAUGAUUCAGAGUGGAAAGAUCACGCAAGAGGAUGUCGACAACAUUCGUGUACCCAAGUUUCUCGUGAUCGGCCCGUGCCGAAAGCCCACGAUCAUGGCAUCCGGUUACCACGGCGAUCCCAAUGUCUUUUGGCCUCCACAGGUUCAGGCAGACAACGAUGAAGAGCCACAGUCAUAUGAGACUCUGUUCAACGAGCGUGGCUUUCCCAUAGUCAACGCAUAUGGUCAUAAGCAGAAGAAGAUGACCUACCACAAACAGUGCAGAGCUGUGCAGAGGACUUUGAUUACAUUGCAUCAGCACCGCAAGAACAUCAACUACCUGGCGUUGGUACAGAUGGACUUUCUGGGCGUCCAAACAGUCGAGGCUAUUAUCAACAGCCUCGAUAACCUCAAAUGCCUGUGCAUCUACAGCUGUCCCUUGAUGGACCUCAGCACAGUACGUUCCGUCAUUGAGGCCGUUGGACGAACCAACGAGAAGCGCCGAAGUAAUGGUCGACCCAAGCUGGACCUCGAUAUCGCCCCGCAGUAUCGUCAGGGCCCGGUGGGCGAGAGAAUGGGAUCAUACGGCAUCACACAUUCAGAUCCUAGGAUCUUUCAGAAUUGGGGCACCGAUGUCGGUCACGCCCUGGGCGCAAGCCUCGUCUCCUUGUUCCGUGCCGCUAAGAAGGCCGACAUUGAGCUUUUGCAGCCCGGAAAGGCAUUCCGUCGUUGGCUUGACAGACUUCCGCUGGCAGUGAACCAGACGUAUAACCUCUGCGUCGCGGCCGCCAAGUAUGUUUCCAACGAGGAAACAAGAAAGAUCUACGCACUCCAGGUCUACCCGGAAAAAUUGUAUGGAGGUUCCCAUGAGAAGCUGACGAAGCAAUUCGACGAUACUGUGGCGAUCGAUCUCAUGAUCGCCGCCACGGCUAAGCCAGUAACAUGGUCAGACUUCACCAAUGAGGGUAUCUUCAAAUGCACGCAGUGCAAUGAAACACUACCGGGGAUUCUCUUCCGAUACGAGGCGAAGCAGAACCGCCCAGAGUUCAUCAUCUGCGAGGGCUGUGAUCUACAGAACCAGCUCGGCUACGAGAUUGGUCACAAUCACAUCCUGAAGAACCAGAUCGCAAGAACUCUGUGGCGUGGCGUCCCUGAAGGCUGCACCAACCUUGAUUGGCUCAUGGGAGACUCAAACAAAGCCGUUCGGAACCACAAGAACUUCAUCAAGACCACUGAACAGCUGAUGACCCCCGAAGUUUGCAUGCAGGAGGCCGAGGACCUUGCCAAAGAUCGCGAGGAGGUCAUUCAGCAGAUGACAACCAUCUUCGACUUCAGAGAAAAGAAGCACUUGAAUCAGCGGCUGAAGGACCUCGACAACAUGAUCGAGAGCCACAAAGUCCGUGCUGGUCAGCAGCGUAAGCCGAGAACCGGCAAUGAAUCCAUGUAUGAUUGGGAUUACCGCCGCCAGGCCUACCACUGGCGCGGUACCGUUGAGCGCGGCGAGUUCAUCUUUGGUGCGCCGUAUGAAAACAUCACCAUGCUCAACCUCGAGAAGAGCUUCAACAUGCGACAUUGA